CAAGAGUGAAAAUAAUAAUGGAAGAUAAAAGCCAAAGCAAAGUACUCACAAAAAAAGAUCUAACAAAAAUAACAGAGUUUGGCGAACCAACCGACCUCAAACAAUUAAAAUUGAAAGUAUAUAAAAAGAGGUGGCUAAUGUUAAUUAUCUUCAUGAUUUAUGCUGGAUCGAAUUCUCAAUGGAUAGAAUACUCGAUUAUAACCAACAUAAUUACUAGGUAUUAUGGAGUGUCUUCAAUGAUGGUUGACUGGACCUCAAUGUCGUUCAUGGCAUUUUACAUAGCGUUUAUAUUUCCAGCGUUGUACGUGACAGACAAAUGCGGUCUGCGAUGGACCAUCACCAUAGGCGCCGGUCUUAACUGUCUUGGUGCCUGGAUAAAAACAUUGUCCAUUCAACCCGAUAGAUUCUACGUUGUUAUCAUCGGUCAUUCAUUAGUCGCUCUUGCGCAGACUACAGUGCUACCGAUACCAGGACGAUUGGCCGCGCAAUGGUUUUCUUCUACCCAAAUCUCGACCGCCACGUCUUUGAGUAUUUUCGGCAAUCAAUUUGGAGUGGCGUUGUGUUUUCUUUUAGGGCCUAUAAUAGUGAAAAAUCAUGACAAUUUGGAUGAUAUCGGCAAAGAUUUGUCACGUUUAUGCUGGAUGGUCGCAAUCGUCUGCACAAUUGCAUUCGCUCUUGUGCUUACAUUAUUUCAGAACGAACCAAGACUACCGCCGAGCGAGACACGAGCAUUGCAAAAAAUGAAUCGGAUGAAGAAAAGAGAGGAAUUCGUGGAGCCGAUUAAAGGGCUUUGCAGAAACAAAAACUUUAUCAUGCUCUGUAAUUCCUAUGGUUUGAACGUUGGUGUAUUUAUUGCUGUGUCUACUUUACUCAAUCAAAUAUUCCUCGCACACUUCGAGAAUGGAGAAGAAGACGCAGGCAGAAUUGGUCUAGCCAUAAUUCUUACCGGUAUGGCCGGUUCUAUUAGUUUUGGUAUCAUCCUUGACAAAACGCAUAAGUACAAACAAACUGCCUUGACUGUAUACUUUCUUACAUUCUGUUGUCAAGUAAUAUUCGCAAUAUUUACAUGCAUGGGUAUAAAAUGGAUGGUGUACGUGUCGGCGAUUUUCUUAGGAUACUUUAUGUCGGGUUAUCUGACCAUAGGAUAUGAUUUGUGCACCGAAUUCACAUAUCCAGAGUCGGAAAAUAUAUCUGCGGGAAUACUCAAUAUAACAACCAGCCUUUACAGCAUAAUACUCAUUAUAUCGUUAGAAUUAUUAAUGAACACAUACGGCGACAUUCCGGUGCACAUCGGCUUAUGCUUGGCUUUGCUACUCGGUUUUAUUUUGACCGCUAUAACAAAAGAUGAGCAGAGACGACAAGAUGCGAGAAAGAAGGCUGAGUAUGAAGGAAUCGCAAGAAUUGAAAACAACAUCGAUGGCCUCAUCCUCGUCCUCCUUUAUAUCGGACUAGCGGUGACAUCAGAUUUAUCAGGGUAUAAGCCCAGAGGUUGGCGUCCUAAUGGCCGGCAUUUUAAUCCCUAUAACAAUCGAUUGCAUGCGUAUUACGAUGCUCCGGGAUUACAAAGCUACGGACCCCCGGAUACCGCAGCUAUCUAUCGCAACCCGUUAGUCACCACGACCACGACCAUACGGCCACGAACCACCACUGUAAAAACCACGACAACACCUCGCAGCAGGGAACCCACGACAGCGCCGAACGAACAAUCCGAGGACGAUUUCGAGACGACGAAUCCGGCUUUAGCGAUCGCGAAUUCUUUUGCAUUUAAUCGGCCUGUGUACGUCUACAAUACCUUUCCUUUUCUACCGGCUCAGAUUAUUGUAUAGAUAAUAAUACAAAAUGGAGAGUAUCUAUAUAGCGAAAUACACAUUGAAUGAAU